AUGAGAACGAUGAGGAAGAAGAAAAUAAAUACCAGGUAAGCGCCAUAUUAACGUUGAUGGCCAAUUAAUGGCUGGUGUUACGAAGCCUGUUUAGCAUAAACAGCGGUUAGGCCAAGACUAAAAAUAUAACUUAUAUACAUCUUGCGAACGAGUGAACUGUAAUAAUACAAUGAAUAAAUAUGUCGUUGGAAACUAACUUCUUCUCUUUAAUUUCAUUUAAAACUAGUUAAUUAAGUUGUUCAAUGAAUCUACAGACAUGUUCUCUAUUUUGACCGUAAUCUACAGACAUGUUCUCUAUAUUGAUCUUUGUGGAACAUUGGAUGUUCUAGAGCCUGUCAUAUCAUUGAUACUAAGAGCACAAGCUGUACAUUUUCCACCUUGGAGGAUUGUUACGUGGUUUUCAAGAAUGAUCAAGAUCCUGAAGGUGUGGAAGCAAACCUUGAAGCGGUGUUGGAAACAAUCCCUGAAGAGAAGUUGCCGAAGCUUUCUAAGCACUGGGAAGAAUUGACUCCACCCACGAGUUCUGUGAAGAUGAAGUGGAUUAUGGUGCCUUUCAGGUAA